AUGCGUGGGGGCAAACUAAUGAUCUCUCACACCAGGAAGAGCGAUGCUGGCAUGUAUGUUUGUGUGGGCACAAAUAUGGUUGGAGAGAGGGACAGCGAUCCUGCAGAGCUGGUGGUGUACGAGCGCCCUGUGUUGGUACGGAGGCCGGUGAACCAGGUGGUCAUGGAGGAAGAGACUGUCGACUUCCUGUGCGAAGUCCACGGAGAUCCGCCCCCAACUGUCCGAUGGCGGCGAGACGAAGGGGAGCUUCCCCGCGGGAG